UCUCCCUUCUCCCAAUCCAAAAAAGAAAAAUAAAAAAAUGGUGCGCGCAAGCAACGGGAUGAUCAUAGCCCUCAACGUGGCAACCAUGGCGGUGGCUCUGAGCGCCAUGGGCUUCUCCCUUUGGUUCCACGUCAGAGACGGCUCCCAAUGCCAGCGAAUCCUCAAGACUCCUCUCCUCGUCGUCGGCGUCGCUUUACUCGUGGUGGCCGCAACGGGGCUCGUCGGCGCCAUCACGGGCUCCUCGCCCGUCAUGUGGGCCUACCUCUUCAUGCUGCUCGGCCUCAUCGUCAGCCUCGUCGUCUUCACCGUCUUCACCGUCAUGGUCACCAACCGCGGCGUCGGCCGCGCCGUCUCCGGCCAGGGCGUCGGCGAACACCGCCUCGGGAACUACUCCAAGUGGCUGCAGAGGUACGUCGUCAACGCCAGGAACUGGGACGAGAUCAAGAGCUGCAUGAUCGAUGCGGGCGUGUGCAAGCUCGCGCCGAAUGUGAAGACCGCCGACAUCUAUAACCCUAUCGUGUCGGGUUGCUGCAAGCCGCCAGGCUACUGCGGGAUGGAGAGGCGGAACUCGAGCUACUGGGUGAUGCCGAAGAAGCAUGGGCCCGCAGCAGGGGAGCCGGACUGCAAGGCGUGGAGCAACAAGGCGGAGGAGAUGUGCUACGGCUGCGACGCCUGCAAAAAGGCAGUGCUGAGGAACAUACGCAGAGAGUGGAAGAUGGUGGCAUUGAUAAACAUGGGCAUCAUCGUCGUCGUCACCGUCGUCUACUCCAUCGGCUGCUGCGCUCUCAGAAACAACCGCUUCCAUUACCAUAUUAAAUCCCCACAUCCACAUGCCUAGUGCUUAUGCUUCACAACUUAUUAGUGUUCUACUUUUUUACAUGCUUU